AUAUUUAAAAGUUUAUCCAUUCUUUCUUAAGUAUAUACACGAAGUAUAUAGAAAACAACGUCACUUCCUGUGACGCUCUAUUUAUAAGAACUGUGAAUUAAGAAAAUUUCGAAAAUCGACGUUGGCCGAAUGCACUAUUGAGUAAUACGCAAUAUCUGCUAAUGUAGUGCAUUCCUCUAUUCGCCAACUAAUAAUAUUUGCCAUUGUGUUGUUGUCUAUGUUCUUAAUUUAAUCGUUUCUUGUUGAGUGUUUUUAAAAAAGGAAACAAUGACGGAUUUACCGUAUCUUGUCGAAUAUGCUAAGAGUUCUCGUUCCUCGUGUAAAAACUGUCAUUCUUCCAUUAUGAAAGAUUCUUUAAGAAUUGCUACUGUCGUGCAAAGUCCGGUAUUUGAUGGGGCAAUUACCAAGUGGUAUCAUCCAAACUGCUUUUUUUUAAAGCAACGUCCAAAGUCAAGCGCAGAUAUAGCAAAUUUUGAUGCUAUCCGUUGGGAAGAUCAACAAGAUAUUAAAAAAAAUAUAGAAGAAGCUGGUAAACUUCCAGCGCCGACUAAGAAAGGUAAGAAGCGUGGUAAAGGUGCAGAUGUAUCUUCAGACUUUUCAAUAGAAUAUGCCAAGUCUAGUAGAGCUAUGUGCAGAGGAUGCGAAGAAAAAAUAUUAAAAGAAGAAAUAAGAAUUUCAAAAAAAGAUUUUGAAAGCGAAGAAGCAAGAAGAUAUGGUGGGCUAGAUAGAUGGUAUCAUCUGCAAUGUUUUAUUAAGCUCAGAAAAGAACUUGAAUUUUUUGAUCAAGCCGAUUCCCUUGCUGGUAUCAAAUCUUUGUCUAAAGACGAUCAGGCCAAUGUAAAAAAGGAAUUGCCUAAAAUUAGCAAUGAAAAUGUACCAGCUGUAAAGAAAUGUAAGGAAGAACCCGAGGAUAUGGAAGAGGAAAAUAAACUUAAAGAACAAAAUAAACAAAUAUUUGCAAUGAGAGAUACUUUAUCUUCGCUUAAUAAGACAGAACUCAUAGAGAUUUUAGAAAUGAACAAGCAACAAGUACCUCAAGGCGUUUCUGCGAUUUUGGACUUUACGUCCGACUUAUUAAUCUUUGGAGCUUUAAAACCAUGUCCAAAAUGCAAGGGGCAAUUGGUAUACGUUUCGGGUCUUGGUUACAAAUGUACUGGAGACUUGACAGAAUGGACAAAAUGCGAAUACGUUACUCAAGAUCCUAAGAGACAGAAAUGUUCUGUUCCGGAGGAUUUAAAGAAUACUUAUAAAGCUUUGGCUUUCAAACCAAAAGUUGUUAAGAGAUUGAUCAAAGUUACCGCGCCAUCGACGUCUAGCGCUGUUAAAAAAGAAGACGACGAAGUCGAUGCUGGACCAAAAAUAAAAACAAACCCAAGACCAUUGAAGAACAUGCAGUUUGUGAUAUUAGGUAGUACAGAAAAAAGCAAAGAAGUGUUAAAAAGAGAAAUAGUUCUUUUAGGAGGUGCUGUGACAACAAAAAUACAUGAAGAUUUGGCAGCCGUCAUUUCUAAUCCAAAAGAAAUUAAAAAAAUGAAUAAAAAAAUGGAAGACGCGAAGGUGUUGGAUAUACAAGUAGUUUCCGAAGAUUUUGUUGAAGAAGCAAAGGACUAUACAGAACUUGCAAUUGCAUUAAUUAAAAAGAAAACUAUUUCCGAUUGGGGAGGUGACGUUAAAAAUCGUCUUGCUAAGGUUAUAGAAAAGUCGGGUUCGUCCAAAAGUAAAAGUAAAUUUGAGAAAUCUUCUUCUGGGAAAGUGAAAUUACAAGUUAAAGGAGGUGGUACCGUCGAUCUGGAUAGCGGAUUAGAAGAUUGCGCGCAUGUUUAUCAAAACGGAAAAAAUAAAUAUACCGCAACGUUAGGAAUUACGGAUAUCCAAGCUAAGAAAAACAGUUAUUACAAAUUACAAAUUUUGAAACACGAUACACUUAGUAAAUAUUGGUUGUUUAGAAGUUGGGGUAGAAUAGGUACUACCAUCGGCGAUACAAAAUUGGAAGAUAUGCCUUUAAAAGAUUGUAUAGAGAAGUUUGAACAACUUUAUGAAGAAAAAUCUGGCAAUAAUUGGCAUAAUAGGAAACAUUUUGUCAAAGUACCGCAUAAAUUAUAUCCCAUUGAUAUAGAUCAAGGAGACGUGGAAGAUAACAAAUUAUUAGACUCUGACAUAAAAAGUAAUUUAGAAAAGCCUAUCCAAGAUCUGAUGAGGCUUAUAUUUAAUGUAGAAAACAUGAGAAAAGUUAUGUUGGAGUUUGAAAUAGAUAUGGAUAAAAUGCCGCUUGGUAAAAUAUCUAAAAAACAAAUUCAAAAAGCGUAUUCAAUAUUAACAGAAUUGCAAGAAUUAGUUGCAACAAGUAUUCCCGAACGCACUACGCUUAUAGAUGCAUCUAAUAGAUUUUAUACCUUGAUACCACAUAAUUUUGGAAUUUCUGGACCUAAGAUAUUAGAAACGGUUGAAGAAAUAAAAAUGAAGUGUGAAAUGUUAGAAGCAUUACUUGAAAUGGAAAUAGCAUAUAGUUUGCUUCACAAUAAUACGGACGAAAAGAAAAAUCCACUAGACGCUCAUUACGAACAAUUGAAAACAAAGAUAGAAGUAUUGGAUAAAUCGAGUAAAGAUUUUGAAGUAAUUAAACAAUAUGUUAAGAAUACACACGCGGCAACUCAUAGCCAUUACGAAUUAGUAAUCGACGAUGUUUUCGUCAUAAAAAGACAAGGGGAAGAUCAAAGAUACAAACCAUUUAAAAAAUUGCCCAACAAAAAAUUACUUUGGCACGGAUCUAGGACAACCAAUUUUGCUGGAAUAUUGUCUCAGGGACUUAGAAUAGCGCCACCAGAAGCACCCGUCACUGGUUACAUGUUUGGCAAAGGUAUCUACUUUGCCGAUAUGGUAUCAAAGUCAGCCAAUUAUUGUUGCACCAAUACCCAAAACCCGACAGGAUUGUUACUGUUAUGCGAAGUUGCUUUAGGCAAUAUGUAUGAGAGGUACGAAGCAGAUUACAUUGCAAAAUUACCAAAAGAUAAACAUUCCACGAUGGGAAGGGGACAAACGCAACCAGAUCCAAGCAUCGUUCAUAAAAUGGAUGAUAGCGUAGAAGUUCCAUACGGUCCUCCUGUGCAGGCUAAACUUAAUAAAAAAUCGGCAUUGUUGUACAACGAAUAUAUCGUAUACGAUACGGCUCAAGUGAAAGCUCGUUAUUUAGUCAAGAUGAAUUUUAAAUACAAAAUGUAAUUAUUAUACAUUGCUAUACAUUCGCUAUCUGAUUGAUAUAAUCGUUGGUAUAACUUAUUAUUACAUAUUAUUAAAUCAAUUUAUUCCUCCAGCUACCUCCGAUAGGACAAAUAAUAGUUAACGAACAUUACAUUUUCUUUUUCUUGUCCUUGUCUUACCAUAAUUGAAUAAUUAUUUCAUUAUUUCGUACCAGUAAUUUUGUAUUAUUUAAAUGUUUGUAACACAUUUCAGAAAGAAAAGAAUUGAGAUAAAGUUUUUGUAAUAAAAAUAUUCAUAUGAAAUAU